UAAAGAUGGCAAUGUCUCUCAUCCAAGCGUGCCGCAGUCUGGCUCUCUCAACAUGGCUGCUUUCCUUUUGUUUCGUGCAUCUGCUCUGCCUGGACUUCACCGUGGCCGAGAAGGAGGAAUGGUACACCGCCUUCGUGAACAUCACCUACGCCGAGCCCGCGCCGGACCCCGGGGCGGCGGGCGGCGGCACCGAGCUGCACACCGAGAAGACCGAGUGCGGGCGCUACGGGGAGCACUCGCCCAAGCAGGACGCCCGCGGCGAGGUGGUCAUGGCCAGCUCGGCCCACGACCGCCUGGCCUGCGACCCCAACACCAAGUUCGCCGCCCCGGCCCACGGCAAGAACUGGAUAGCCCUCAUCCCCAAGGGCAACUGCACGUACAAGGAUAAGAUCCGGAACGCGUUCCUGCAGAACGCCUCCGCCGUGGUCAUCUUCAACGUGGGCUCCAACACCAACGAGACCAUCACCAUGCCCCACGCAGGUGUAGAAGACAUCGUGGCAAUCAUGAUCCCUGAGCCGAAAGGGAAGGAGAUCGUCGGCCUGCUGGAAAGAAACAUCACCGUGAUGAUGUACAUCACCAUCGGAACGCGGAACCUGCAGAAAUACGUGAGCCGCACGUCGGUUGUGUUUGUGUCCAUCUCCUUCAUCGUCCUGAUGAUCAUUUCCCUCGCGUGGCUGGUCUUUUAUUAUAUCCAGAGGUUUCGAUAUGCAAAUGCCCGGGACAGAAACCAGCGCCGACUGGGAGACGCUGCGAAGAAGGCCAUCAGCAAGCUCCAGGUCAGGACCAUCAAGAAGGGUGACAAGGAAACAGAGCCCGACUUCGACAACUGUGCAGUCUGUAUCGAAGGGUACAAGCCCAGCGACGUGGUCCGGAUCCUGCCCUGCCGGCAUCUUUUCCACAAGUCCUGUGUUGACCCCUGGCUCCUAGACCAUCGCACCUGUCCCAUGUGCAAGAUGAACAUUCUUAAAGCCCUAGGGAUCCCGCCCAAUGCCGACUGCAUGGACGACCUGCCCACUGACUUCGAGGGAUCCCUGGGAGGCCCACCAACCAACCAGAUCACAGGCGCAAGCGACACGACCGUAAAUGAAAGUUCAGUCACUCUGGACCCCGCUGUCCGGACUGUGGGAGCCUUGCAGGUGGUCCAGGACACAGACCCCAGUCCACAGGAGGGAGAGGUCAUCUUCUCUACCAACAGUGGACAGGAGCCGGCAGUAAGCAGUGACUCGGAUAUCUCGCUGAUCAUGGCGAUGGAGGUCGGACUGUCCGACGUGGAACUUUCCACCGACCAGGACUGCGAAGAGGUGAAAUCGUGAAUCGGCGACUGCAGAAGAAAGGGAUGGUAGGACCCCAGGGGAAGGAAGGAAGGAGUGCCCGAGACGGACCAGGCACACACACCUCCAGAACACCUCGGACUGCUCAAGAAUGGUCGUGAAAGCAAUAUCCAAAGUCAGGUUGGUCCGGAUGCAGUUUCUCCAUCUCUACAGCCGACCACGGCCGCGGCGGCUGGGACGUGGAGAGCUGAUGUCCCCUCCCAGGUCCUGGGAGACACACACGUCGGAGGCUCCUAAAACAGACUGAAAGGACACUUUUAGGGCUUCUUAGCUUUCAUUUCAGGUUUUUUUCCCAGUCCUGUUUUCUUGUUUUGGAAUUGUUGUUUGAUUUCUUUGGCAGUUUCUUUUUAAAAUCUGGGUACAGUCCCCUGUAAGUCCACCCCUUUGUUUUCCCUCCGAUUCGCUCCAGCUUUUGUGUAGAGCUGUGUCUCGAAGCCCCGUUUCCUGAUCGGUGUGUAUCCCUCUCCAGGACGAAUGACCUUGACCUCUCAGCAUGAAGUGUGCAUGAGCACCCUGAAACUGUUGAAGGCCAGCUUUCAUUAAGAAUCUAAAUUCUUUUAAAUGGCUCUUAACAAUCCCAGCUGCCAGAGACCCCAACACUGAGUUGAACGCGUGGAGGCCACUGCUCAUUAGUUUCAGCAACAUCCGACUGGCCUCCACGUGCCAGGCUCUGUGAAGGGUCCCGUGACCUGGGAAGGGCACUCUAGGGAGGCACUUUAAUUUGUCUGGAUCUUACAGUCUGUGGCUGAAAUUCUGAACUCAGAAGUCCCCUCCAGGGUAUUAAGGCCAUUCCGCCUGGCUGAAGGGCUUGUAGCUAAAAGCCCAGGACUCAUUUUAAGACCAGAUAUCAUGCAUUCUUUCUAAAAGCAAAAUGUCUGUUGUACUGGCUUCGCCGAGGCUAGAACAGGCUUCGUUACCUCACGUGGCUUUUGCAGGAGAUGGAGGCUUAGAAAAGUCAGCUUGGAGCCCAGGGUCCGCCCCAAUGCGGGGUUCACCCUGGUUUCAGCACCUCUGUCACGCCUCGGCAGACCCCGAGGGAGGGUUCAGGUGACUCCUGUACAGAUCGCUUCCCAGGCUCCCUGAGUGUGUCCGGACACCAAGUGAGGAGGGAGGUGUGAUUCAGUGAACCAUUUGGUCUAAAACGUACAGCAUGGAACUUGGCCAAGUGAAGCUUCUCCUGACUGAGACAAAGGGAGAGGAAAAGAGGUAUCACUUUUGAAACUGUUUAUGUUUGUAUUCUUUUUUUUGUAACUAUGACAGAAUGUGCUAUUUUUUCAGUGGGCAAUUUUGUAAUCCAUGUAGACUCCCCCAGUGCAGAGGUGACUAAGGUGGUGCAGUCUCUGGACAGGUGACCUUGUCCUCUGCAGGAGGCCGCCGCGAGGGCUGACCAGGAGAGGAACGGUCCCUCUCUGGGCUGUUCUCUGCACAGUUCACGAGGCUUCUCCCCCCGUGACACUGACACUCAUCCCAAGCCGAGUUAGGCUCCGCCGUCCAGCGUUGCUGCCUGGUGACGCAUGGGACCCCCUGCGGGCUCUUGUCACCACCUCUGACUUUCCUAUUUGAUGCUUUCUAAGUAGGCAGCGAGGCCAGGACGUGGUCGCCAGCUUCAGAAAUACCACGUCUAGCUGGGCUGGACUGAGAUCCAGGAGGGAUGAAGACGGAGCUGAACCAGAAGUCGGGAGGCCCAGGGGAGCCGUGUUCUUGCUGGGGCUCCCUCUCCUCUGUAAAGUGGAGAUGGAGAAGAUGGUGCCCACGGCGCCUUUGGGCCUCGGGACCCCGAGGGAGCACUUUGUCAGGGGGGUCCAUCUUUUGCAGGCAGCGAUGGUGUGUAGCCGACCUCCUGCUUUGGGGAGGCGGAGUGGCUGGACGUGUAACGUAGAGUAACAACUUGAGACGUUGCCCUCCUGUGUUGCUGAGAAUGAACGAAGUUUUCAGCCCAAGUUGGAGUUGUUUGGUUCCACCUUGUUUUCAGUCCGCCGUUAGGCACGAGUUUGCCGUCUCUGGACCCCCUCAGAGCCUGGUCCAGGGUAUGGUUCUUCUUACUCUCAAAGUGUUUCCUUUCUCGGUCAGCAUAGGCCUGCAGUACCUCCCCCUCUCCUGUCGGCCGGGCCCCAAACAAAUUUAACUUAAGUGUAAUUAGAAGAAUAAUUCAACAGCAAAAGAAAUGCGCAUUGUAUUCCACACCCAGAGAGAAAAAUGCCGUUUGAGUGCACAGUCCUCUGUUCCCUGCCCCUGCCGGUGACCAGGGACAGCAGGGACUGAUUGCAUGUGGCCGCAGAGCCCCUACAGGACACUGCGUCGAUGCUGAGGGCCCAGGAGGCUCACUGGAGGCCUGUGGACCUGCCCCAGGGAGGCUCUGCUGCAAACCCUUGUGUCUGUGAGGUUCUCCAGUUACCAACGGUGUGUUUCUGGGGGAGUCUCCUGGGACUUUGGUAGCUAAAAAAAAAAUGUUUUUAACCAGCAUGGAAGGAUGCAAAAGACAUGGAAACAGCACUUCCUCACCACCUCCCGCCAAAGACCUGGGACCCCGUGGUUCAUGCAGGGUGUCAGGAGGUCGGGGACCCUCUAGAAUUAUAUGCAAAUGGGCUGUGGGUUCGCCACUGUGCGUCCAGACCAGCACUGUCCGACGGAGACGUACUGCAAGUCACUCAUGUCGUUUUAAGCUUUCUACUGGCCAUUAAAAAACCGAACACAUAAACAUGUAAUACUAUAUUUAUUUAAUCCAAUAUCAUUUUUCCAACAUGUGAUUCAUGGGAAAGGUAUUCGUGAAACACCUUAUACGGUCUUUGUGCUUAGUGCUCCGAAGCUGCUGCGUAUUUAUGCUCAUGGCGCAUCUCCGUGGGGACGAGUUACCGAUUGGACAGCGCAGGUCUCCAGCUUGCGCAAUAGUCUCACAAGGUUCCCCGGCCCUUACAAAGAAAAAAGGUGAAAACUUCAUUUCCUUCCCAGAGAACUAGACUCCACCCAAGCUGCCUGGUUAGAGGCCCAGAGAGCUGUUGGUUUGGGAAUGGAUGAACAUUCGGGCUGCCCUGGCUGAGGUUCUGCGUGGACUCUCUCAUCACAUCACUGGUGUCCAUUACCCUUUACUGUGAUUUCUCUGACCAGUGGUUUUGCAGAAAGUCACACAAACCAUGUCGAUCUGGUGCUGAAACAAAAUGAUACCCCUCACUUCGAUGACAAACCCUUAUGCUGACAUGUGGCACUCAAGAGCCAAAGAGAAUUCCAGAUUGUAGCCAUCCAACUUGACCUCAAGCCCUAGCUGUCCUUCUCCCUGCUCAGUGGGAGGUCUUCCUGGUGCCCCCCGAGGAUUUGGGAGGGGAAAGUGGGAAGUUCCCCACUGACUCCAAAUAUAAGACUUUGCGUGGCCUCAUUGAGAAAAAGUCUCUGAGGCUUGUGGCCAUCCAGCCUCUACGUGGUGGAUUAUGCCUGGGUCAUAAUCCAUGUACAUAAUGCAUGGACAGCCCAGCUCACAACUCAAAGUCAGCAUCCCCUCCCACCCCGAGGCCGUGGGGAAGGAAAGGAGCAUGCCCAUCCCCUCAGAACCAUUUACAAUCACCUCUAGGAAUUGCUACCUCCUGUGCGGCUGGUCCCUUUGGGAGGAACUGAGCCCUGAUCGUGAAUACAGCACCUGAAUGUUGAUGGCGUCUCCAGGGUUUGUCACCCCUGAAAUGUCAACUGCGUCAUCCAGGCAGGAAGAGUGGAGAGUGUGAGGAGUUAGUAGGGGCCAAGGCCCUUCCCUGUUCUGACGUCACAUAGUAAGCAUCGUAACUGUGGAGGUGAACCUGUGUCCAGAGAAGUUGGCUGGUUGGUUUUGUCUUGUUUCCGGCAUUUCCCUCCUUCUGGUGGGAACGGCCUCCAGGUGUUCACGGCUCUGGGUGUGGUCGUGUGGAAAACCACGGUGCCCCGUGGCUGUCUCGGCUAGUGCCUGGCCUCCCUGUGGCUGCCACGCCUUCAAGCCGGAAAUGCAGACAGGUGGCCUAGCACAGCAUUCUUUCUUACGUGCGUUUUGUUCAGGUGAACAUUCUUGCAGAGCGUACAACAUAAAUGGCAUUCAGUUAUCCAUCGAGUGCCUCACCUUGACUGAACACAAGGAAAUCCCAGGGAAUCAGCUCUCAGAAGAUCUGGGCUAUCAAGUCACACCUUCUGUGGAGGGAGGACCCAGCCCUGUGUGGGCCCAGGGUCCCUGCGGCCAUUUCUUGUAGCAUUCUUUAUACGUUGUCACUUAGAUUUCUUUCCCUUCUCUGUCUCUGGCUUUCUCUUACUGCCUCUCUCUUGCUUUGUAUGCCCAGCCACACACAUUCUUGUCCCGUCCUUCAGGACUGGAAAACCUUGCUGGGUCUAGAGGUAUGGAGUUAGUAAUAUGAUCACGGUCGUUCUGUCAUCAGUGUCUUCUUCUCAUUCCCUGAUAACAUCUUCUUCUUUGUGUCUUCUUCUAAUUUCAUGAUGACAUCUAUAUUUGCACUUCAGAUCAUAAUACCCAGUCUACUCUAAAGGCAAAUGAACUUCCUCCUUAAAGGAGCUGGCCCGAUUUUCACUUCUCAGAUCUAAUUUUAUCUCAGACCAUCUAUAACUAUUGCCUUUUUUUCCCAGGCUGCCUUGCCAGACCAGUCCCCCCAGGCAACUAAUGGCAAGGAAACAGCCCCGGAAUGCUGUCUACAUUUAGCAUCUUCCACCUCCAGCAUCUGUGACCUUCCUAAUUCACUCCAGGCCCCCCGGGGUUGGAUUUCUUAGAAAAAUGUGUGGGCUGUACUGUAUCUGAUGGCCACUCAUGCUUCUUAACAUUGUAGCACAAGAACUUGCUCUUUGUAAGUGAUCUGAGAGGCCACUUCUUCCUUAAGACUGAGAAAGAGACACAAAGAAACCAGCCUCCUAAGGUGAGGGACACGCAGUUCCUCGGGCACUGCUCUGUGUCCCAGAAGCCCCUCGUCCGCGCUGUUGCAGGGCCGGGACUGGAGAGUGCACUUGGUGAUGGCAGGUCAAAGGCAGUAUGAAUACCGCCCUGCAGGGAAUGGGAACAGGAUGGCAGGAUAUGAACUUCCAUGCGCUUCCUGGGUAAGUCAGUGCUCAUCUCCUAGGUUUAGAGCCGAACUAGUUCUUUCGAGUGUAUGUGUGCGUGUGUGUGUGCGCGCGCAUGUGCGUGUGUGAGGGAGGUAAACACUCACGAUUGCAGAGAAGGCUUGGAUUUCCUGAAAACUAAAUUAAUUCUGAGAAGCAGGUAUGGGUUUCUCAUCACUACCUCUUCCCUUUUCCCACUUUUCUCCCCAUCUUGCAACUCCAGGCCCUUUGUAAUAGAAACAAUCAUUUGUAAAGAUCCGUAGAUUGGUAGCCACACUCUUCCAUGUUGAGGCUUCUGAUAGCACCACAUUAUCACUCCUGAACGAGAGGAGUGGCUCCAGGUCCUCAACGGGGCCCUUAAUUAUCAAGCCUCUUAAUUGCAAAACCCGCUUGUUCUGCAAAGAACCUGCUGAGGCUGUUCACAGCUCUCUGAAGGUGCCUCUCGUGCUUCAUCAAGGGGCUUUUCUUCAGAAACCCAGGCGAUCCAAGACCUUCUCAGCCUUGUUACUACUGACGUUUGCUCUGUGGCCACCCGAUCAAUACUUGUUGAUGAGAUGAUAAGGCAAGAAGAUGCAUCUCUUAAGACGCAUGCAGGUCCGAACAGAGCACAGGAGAAGAAUCUGUGGAGAAGGUAGCUCAACCCAAGUUAGCCAUAGUCACUGCUUGGAAGAGUGUCUGUGUUCUUGUCGUCCUGACUGAACAGAGGGCUUGGAGAAGCAGGGAGAAUGCGGGGACCAUGUGUGCUCUGGAAACCAAAGACGGCUCACCAUCCAAACAGACACACGUUUCCUCCAUUGACCAGCUGAAGUCUCUCCUAAUGUGAGGGUGGGUCGCUUACUCGAAGGAAACUGAAAUCUUUAGGGGUUUCUCUUGCAGGCUGGUGAUUGACCUUGAUCUCACUGAAUCCAGAAACCUAAAAAAGAACAUCAUGUGGCCUUUGUACCACAGCAUCUUUCAAGUCUAGUGGUUAGUCCCCUUUUCCCUCAAAAGUUUUAGACAAAUCAAGCGCUUUAGUCAGCUCAUAAUAUUGUACUUUUGGAGAAUGUGACCAUUUUAAAUAGCCAAAGAAUGUUCAUGUAUACGAGCUAGUUCAUCGAUCCCCCACUCUUUUGAAGAGAAUACCAAACUACUGCUUGUUCUAAUAGAGCAGUUGAAGAAGGACGACUAACAGGAACUUUGCGGUCUCAUCUGUGUUGGCAUCUAGGGUACACCCUGUUCCGUAGGAUGUUUUUGCGAGGGGGCAGAGCGCCCUCUGCUGGAAAGUCACCUUUAUUCUUUCAGCCAAUUAAUUUGACGAGAGUCACCAUUUCAACAACUAGUUAUUUGCUUUUUAUUAUCCAGGCCCCUCAGUAGUUGAGAAAUUGGCUUAUCAAAAGGGGAAAGAAUGUCACAAACACUGAGAAGUUGAAAGAGAACCCCACUGUCAGCAGCCCCUUUCUUCUGCACAAAGUUGACACGUACUGUUGGCUCUGUGUGUGACCAGAUUGCCCUGGCUGGGUGUCUGUGCAGUUAGAUGGCAAGGGUCUGACUUUGUAACUUAACUUGAUUCUUUUCAAAUUGCAAAGGAAGAUCAAUAAACAGACUUCUUCCAUAGGAAUGCAGAUGGUGUGGAACCCUGGCGUGUUUUGUACAUGUACAUAAUAAUAUAUUGAUUACCCGCCUUCACAUUAGUAAUCGGAAAUGGCUGUACCAUUUUAUAAUUAGAAAGAGAUGGAGGGGUGGGGGAGGGGUGGAAGGGCUGUUAUUUUUCUAGUGGGGAGGUGUUCCUUAUAUUUAGAAAACUUGAAGAAAUUUUGUAUUUGUGAAAAGUUACAUUCCACUCAUUUUCUGAAAAAGAAUGGGUCUUGCUCUUUAGAAUACUCAUGAGCUGGGAGAAUGAGAAUUCUAGUUUCCAGGGAAGCCUUCCAAGAAGUUUCUAUGUGAUACUCAAUUCUGUAGACUGCAGACUAUGACCAGCAAUUGCCAGUUAAUAAUGUGAAAAGAAAAAGAAACUCGACUUAUUUUGACCCCUCUGUAUAUAGCACAUUUCCACCAAAAAAGACAUCGGCUACAAAGGAUGGAUUUACCAUUAUGAAACAGUCCGACGUGGCAUCCUAUAUCAGUCUGCUCCCUACUAGCAAGAAAAAAUCCAAUAGAUUUAUUCUUCCCUUCUGAACAUGAAUUGUGUGCUUUUAUUGUAAAAGAAAUGAUGUCACAGAUAGGAUUGGACUUAACGUCCCCAUGAGGUCUCUCUGGCCUGUCUGCAGGUCACACAGAUGACGGUCCCAUCGCAUUUCCCACCCUCCCCACAGUCAGGUCCUGAGACUGGGUUUCCUUGAUGGAUUUGCCACAUGACUCAAAAAUCAACAGUUAUUCUUGAUGGCAUUUUCAUGGGCAACUUUUAAUUUGGACUUUGAUUUGCUCUUAAUAACUGAAAAAUUUAGUAAUGGAUUAUGUACCUAUUUUACCCAAACAUCAUCUUCUGUACAAAGUCCCAGGCAUAUUUAAAUGAUUAGUUAAGGCAGGAUAGUUGCUC